UGUCACGGCGCUGAAGACACGAACAACUGAAGCGGUCAGCUGACUGAAUCUGCAGGGCCACUAAAGCAGACAAACGCCACAUUUAUUCUUUCUCAGACGCAAGAAUGAAGAAGAACAAAUGCAAAGCGAGCAGCACAGCGGAGAAGGAGUUCGUGUUUGAGUUCAGGGCGGGGAAACACAGUUGUGUCCUCAAAGCGCCUCUGCAGUUUCCUGCUCAAGAGAACAUCUGUGACCUCCACGGACGCCUGAUCCUGCUGCAUACAAUACCCUGUUACAUAGAGAACGAGCUAAAAACUUCCCUUUCCAACUUUGUUGAGAGUGAGACCAUCCUGGAUUAUGACAGCGAGGCAGAGCUGGCCCUGCAAAGACUCACAGUGGGGGAUGUAGAUGUGAACCAGCUCACCAACGCGUGGACCAGGUCUUAUGUGGAGACGACGCUGGAGCAUGCACGGCCCGAAGAGCCCAGCUGGGACGAGGACUUUGCCGACGUCUACCACGAGCUGAUCCACUCGCCCGCCUCGGAUACGCUUCUCAAUCUGGAGCACAACUACUUUGUCAGCAUCUCCGAGCUCAUCAGCGAGAGGGAUAUGGAGAUUAAGAAGCUCCAAGAGAGGCAAGCCGUUGAAAUGGACAAAGUGAUGCACGAGCUGGGAAAUACUUUGAGUGACCACGAUGUAAACGCAGUCGCCUCUCAACACUUUGAUGCACAGCAGGUGUUGGAGAACAAGUGGGCCAGUGAGCUGAAGCAAGUUACUGGCAUUCAAAAGCACGAGUAUCAACAGUGGGUCAUCAGUCUGCACCAGGACCUGCAGAAGUCCAACAACAGCAGCCAAAUCAAUGAGGAGAUUAUGGUGCAGCACAGCCAGCAGUCGGAGCAGGCGGAUUCCGAACCCAGGAUGUUUGAGGAGCAGCCUCCGCUGAAGGAGAGUUGCACCAUCCACUUAGGAGCUCAACUGAAGACGAUGCACAACCUGCGGCUGAUCCGGGCCGACGUGCUGGACUUCUAUAAGCACCGGCGGCACGGCAGCGGCGGCGCCAAGCUGAGGCGGCUGCAGACGGCCCUCUCGCUCUACUCCUCCUCCCUCUGUGGUCUGGUGCUGUUGGUCGACAACAGGGUCAACUCCUACAGCGGCAUCAAAAGAGACUUUGCGACUGUCGCGAAGGAGUGUACAGACUUCCACUUCCCCUUCCUGGAGGCGCAGCUGGACGAGGUGCAGCAGGUGUUGCUCUACGCCAGAGCCCAGCGGAGCAGCAAGCAGAAAGAGCAGCCCGAGACUCAGAGGAACGGAGGCGACGAUAAGAGCAAAAACCUCGAAAGAAACCCAUCCAACAUCCUACCAGGAGAUGACCAUCCCGUGGUGUCUAAAGAGAGCAGAGCUUGUAUUCAAAUGUGUCAAAGGGUUCAUGAUGGAGAUGGCCUCAUGGGAUGGAGGAAUAUCACGCACAGUCCAGUUUCUAGUGCCAAAGAGUAUCUCCGAGGAGAUGUUCUGCCAGUUGAACACCAUGCUGCCUCAGAUCUUCCGUCUCCUCCACCCUGACGCUCACCUCAAAGCACUGAAGGGAGCGCGUUGCCCUUUUUUCAGGAGCUGUUGACUUAAGUAGUGACGAUUUCCUGGCAAAGUAGCACACGUGCCAAAAAAGAAAAGGAAAAAAAAGAGAUGUAGACAAGCAACGUCUGGUGAGCCUCGUUAUUUUUGCACCUUCCAAAGCCACCAACGCUGUAAAUCCUUCUCAUUCCAGUCAGUCAGUGGCUCAUCUCCAAAACAGCUGUCGCAGUUUUCAUUUUGAGCCUGGAUCACUCUUUUUGUGUAUUUGUAUCUGUGUGAAUGAGUGCGUGUGUGUACGUCUGUAAAAGCAGAUGGCAGUGUUCCUGAAGACAAAGAUGCAACUCACACACUUCUCCCUGCACAAGAGAUUUAAAGAUGUUAAGUUUAAAAAGAAUGUCGUCCGACCCUUGAAUUUCAUGUUCGUCCUCAUGAGCCGCUUAUAUUUUCUGUACAUUCACUCUAUAUGUUUACAUUUUUAAUGUUUGAAUAAUAAAACGCUCUCCACACGGA